AUGGGACAGAGGGACUAUGUGCUGGUAAUUAAGACACAGGAACAGUACCAGCUGGGACAGGUUAUCACAGUGGAUGCUUUCCAACUGAAUGAUGGUGACUACAUCAUGUUUUUUGACGGUGACUCUGCUGCAGACAAGGUGCUUGGAAAGCUUUGCAAUACCUGUGAUAAUUACUUCACCGUCCAAUCCACAAAGAACACCAUGUCAAUACUGUUGCGCACUGGCAGGGAUAUUGCUUCGAACUCCAACUUCAGGAUCAAGUACCAGCAAGGCAGGAAUCCCUGCUUGUUGUAUUUUCGAAGUUCAGCUGAAUUUGGAAAGCUGUAUACUCCGGGAUUCGAUGGUAGGAUCAAUUAUCCAAACUUUGUCAAAUGUGAUUGGCACAUUGAUCUUCCUACAAAUAAAUCGAUUUCCCUAUACUUUUCAAGUGAAACACAACUGAAUGAUGCUGAUAAAAACAGAGUCAACAAUGGGGAUUUUCUGGAGAUCUAUGACAAUGGUAUGGCCCUGCACCCUGUCCCAGGGUUCAACACUGCUGCCUUACGAGAAAAAAGCCACGUAGCAUCCUCUGGAAAAGUCCAUCUGCGACUGAUUUCCUCACCUACACGCUCCGCCCGGGGUUUCUAUGCAACCUGGUCUAUUGGUUGUCCAGACCCUCAGUUUGAUGCAAACACAGUGGUAGAUCCGCCUCCAAUCAGACUGCACUACACUGCCAAUAUGACUCUCACAUGCGCUACAGGCUAUGCCUUCCACCUCCGACAGCUAGCUAACGGCCCGCCCAGUGUCAACCUCAGGUGUGGCUAUGGUGGGCAGUGGGAGGGCUUCCUGCAGACUCCACGAUGCACACCCAAAUACUGUGGAGUUGUUCCAAACAUUGAGAAUGGCUACAUAGAGUCAUCUACAGGGGCUACGUACGGAAGAACAGCCACAUACAAAUGCUUCUCUGGGUCAACGCUUCAAGGAGUUGGUACCAUCAGUUGUCAGGCAGAUGGAACCUGGAGCCAGAGACCAACAUGUGUUGCGGCAAGUUGUCCAUCUAAUGUAAAUGACUUAUCUAUUGCCAACGGAGUCGGGGUCCUCACAAAUGGAGAUGGAACCAGAAUUGGUUCCUACUACAACUACAAGUGCAAUGCUGGGGUACCAACUUGUCGGUUCCCCUGUUGUCAUCUGCCAAGAAAAUGGGACGUGGAGCCAUCCUGAACCUACAUGUACCAGACUGAAGUGCCUCCUGCCACAGAUCACCCAAGGCAGCUACAUUGGUGCCGUUGCAGGGAGCCUUUUAGACUUUGAAAACACUCUCACUGUCACAUGCAACUCUGGAUACCAGCUGGGUGCCAACUCCAUCAACACCGUGAGCUGUCAGGCUAACAGAACUCUCACUCAAUUACCCCAGUGUGUUGAUAUAGAUGAAUGCACAUCAGGUUCACCCUGCACCAAAGGGAACUGUUUGAACUCCGUCGGUUCAUUUUCAUGCUUCUGUAAUCCUGGAUAUGAACUGGAUGCAUCUUUAAGAAAUUGCAUUGACAUCAACGAGUGCCUGAGAAACAAUGCCAAUUGUGGUGGGACAUGUACCAACACUGAUGGGGGUUACAUUUGCUCCUGCAGUGACCCUUUUGUAUUGUAUGCGGCUAGUGGAACAUCCGGCCUGUUCAUUCCAUCACCGGAAAGUGGGACCAGACAUAGCGAUGUCUACUAUAUCAAUCAUACUU